AUGGCUCCCAAGCGCAAAGCGCCAGGCGGCGUCGCCGCCGGCUCGCCCGCCGCCAAGGAGCCGCAGGUCUUCUCGGGCUGCCGCCUGGUGUUCUGGGCCCACCGGCACAUGGCAGUCACUCAGCAGCGGGCGAAGCAGCUGGGGGGCGUGCAGCAGCCGGCGGUAGCGGCAGACACCACACACGUCAUCUGCCCGCCCAACCUGACGGCGCAACAGGCAGCCGACAAGCUGCGCGGGUGGAGCGGGCCAACCCGGGAGGUGGCUGUGGGCCAGGGCGCCAGUGUGCGGCUGCCCGAGGGUGUGGCAUUUGUGACGCCCGACUGGGUGUCUCGCAGCAUCCCCAAGCACCACCUGCUGCCAGAGGAGCAGUUCCUGCCACCAGGCCUGGCCCCAGCGCCAGCAUCCCCGGCAGCAGCCACACAGGCAGCGGCAGGGCAUGACGGCGCUGGCACAGGAGGGCAGCAGCAGCAGGAGCAGCAGGAGCAGCAGCAACCCCAGCAGCGAGAGCAUCCGACAGGUGCCGAUGCAGAGCAGCAUCGCGAUGCUGCUCCUGCUGGACCGGAGCCCACCAGCAGCACUGCCACGGUGCCAUUCAGCAGUCAACAGAUGUGGGCAGCAGGGCAGGAUGCGCAGCAGCAGGAUGUGCUGCAGGGGCCAGCGUUCUGUCGUGUGGAGCGGCGCGGCAGCGAGUUUGUGGCGGUGCAGGGGGCCAAGCCGCUACAGACGGUGGACAAGCUGCGGGCAUACUGGUUUCAUACACAUACAGCCGGCCAGGAGGCGCCGCCCACCAGCCCGCAGCCCCCCAAGACCUCCCAGCUCAACGGCGUGUGCAGCCAUGCCAUCGACAAAGCGGUGCAGGGGCUGAUCAUGUGGAACGAGGCGCUGGAAUCGGAAGAGGAUGUGGACAAAGUGCCCGGGCUGGGGCCCAAGAGCAAGGUCAAGGUCAAGGAAAUCCUGGCCAAGGGCACGUCCAGCCGCAUCGCGGCGGCGGCGGCGGAUGAGCAGCGCAAGGUGCUGACUACGUUGCUGGAGGUGUGGGGCACCGGUACCGCCUCCGCCAGCCGAUGGUACAGCCUGGGCGUGCGCACGCUGGACAACUUGCGCAGCAGGACGGACCUCAACCUGACAGAGCAGCAGCGGGUUGGACUGAAGUAUUAUGACGACUUAAAGCAGAAAAUCCCACGGGCAGAGGUGGCCCAAACCGAGAAGAUUGUGCGAGAGACGUGCUUCGAGCUGAUAGAGCGGUGGGGCGGCACAGCGGAUGUGGAGCGCACCUACUGCUCCGCCACCGGCAGCUACCUGCGGGGCAAGCCACAGAGCAGCGACGUCGACAUCCUCAUCUGCCUGCCGCCCUCGCUGAGCCACGCCGACUGCCAUGAUUUCCUCACAGAGGUUUAUGCCAGCUCCACCACGCCUUUUGCGCUAAACUACUUUGGCAACAGCCAGUCAUUCUGCCGCGCCACGCGCUACUGGGCCAACACGGGGGUGGCAGAAGCCGCGCGGAAGUACAAUGCAGCCGCCAACGGCUUCAAGAUCUCUGACCGCGACAUGGUGCCCAUCUAUCGACCCCCAGCCCAACGGCAUCACAGGCGCAGCAGGGGCGGCGGCGGCGGCAGCGACAGCGAGGGGGACGCCGGCGCGGCGGACGGCGGCACCACCGUGCUGGAGCCAGCGGUCGCGUGCCCCGACGAAACCACCAUCUUCCGGGAGCUGGGGCUGGCCUACGUGCCUCCCCACAUGCGCUACUUCCACGACUUCUUCUGA